AGAGCUCUAAUUGCAAGUCCUUGAGAUGAUCAUAACUCUUCUUUUCUGCAAGUCCUAACUUCGUAAUUCCUAAAAAUAGAAAAAAUCGCAUAAUACAGAGAAAGAGAUAGUAGAAACAAAUAAGUUCGGGUAAAUUGUACUUGAUCUUUGUUUGGGAAAUGCAUAACAUCCUUCAGUCAGAUUUUCGAUCAGCGCUGCAAAUUGCAGCCACUGCAACCCUCUGUUAUCUAAAUCCUUCCAAUUCCUUAGGGAUUUCAUAUAAAGAAUCUCGAAGAUUUACCUCGCCUCUUCUUUAUUAUCAUCAGAAUCGCUCCUCUAAGUCGUUAAGUUUGAGAAUUAGGUCUCUUUCUUCCUCUUCAGAUUCUUCUUCCCCUUCUUCUGUUUCUUGUGAUGUAGGAGGAGAAACCCAGCAGAGGAAGAAUACAAGUAAACCUUCAAUCUGCACAGCUGAUGAACUUCAUUAUGUAUCUGUUCCAAAUACUGAAUGGAGACUCGCUCUUUGGCGUUACCUUCCUUCUCCCCAGGUACCUCCCAGGAAUCACCCUCUUUUGCUCUUAUCUGGAGUUGGUACCAAUGCCAUUGGUUUUGACCUAUCUCCUCAGUCUUCAUUUGCACGCCACAUGUCCAACCAGGGAUAUGAUACAUGGAUUCUUGAAGUUCGAGGUGCUGGGUUGAGUGCUCAAGGAGCAGAAGCCAGUGCAAUUGAACAGUCUGUACAAGAUGGAAUUGCGUCUGAGCUCAUAAAAUCUACUAGUGGGGUUCCAGAUGGUGAUUUGCCUACAGAACUGCAGCCAGCUGUCAAGGACCUAGGUGCUUUGGCCGAGGCAGCAAUCUCUGCUGUACAAAACAAGAAGGAUUUGGAAACAGUCUGGGAUGAAUCACUACUCGUGUCAAAAUUGACUGACACUUUUAUGCGUUUAUCUGAAAGACUUUCUGGCUUUCUUAAUGAUGGUCAAUCAAGGAUCAUCUCUGCUAAACUGUUUGACCAAAUAUCGAAACUCUUGGAAGAUUCUCAGUUGUCUGAACGCUUUAACGAGAUCAGGGGAAAUCUUUCAGGUUUGUUAGAAGCAAGACAAAAUUCUGCUAUUGUCACCCAAGUUAGGGAAUUGAGUCAGAGGCUUGUAAAUACUAUUGAGGAAGGUCAACGUUCUGUUUCUCCACAACUAUUUGACUUACAAGAGCGUCUGUCCACAACUGUUGAGGAUUUUCAGAAACAGCUUGACUUGAUUGUGAAAUAUGAUUGGGACUUUGAAAAUUACCUGGAAGAAGACGUACCUGCAGCGAUGGAGUAUGUAAUGGCUCAAACCAAACCCAAGGAUGGUAAGUUGCUUGCUAUUGGUCAUUCUAUGGGAGGGAUCUUGCUGUAUGCUAUGCUCGCAAAAUAUGGUUCCAAAGGAAGAAACUCCAACUUGGCAGCAAUUGUUACAUUGGCAUCAUCGCUUGACUACUCAGCUUCUAGAUCUUCGCUCAAACUUCUGUUGCCCCUUGCGGAUCCUGCUCAAGCUCUGAACGUCCCAGUUAUUCCGUUAGGGGCAUUGCUUGCGGCUGCUUACCCUCUUUCUUCUCGCCCUCCUUAUGUUUUGUCUUGGCUUAAUCAUCAGAUCUCAGCUGAGGACAUGAUGCAUCCAGAGUUGCUCAAAAAACUUGUCUUGAACAAUUUUUGUACUAUACCAGCUAAGCUUCUUUUGCAGCUAACGACAGCUUUCCGGGAGGGUGGGUUACGUGACAGGAGUGGCACUUUCUUUUACAAGGAUCAUCUUCAAAAUGUCAAUGUUCCUGUUUUAGCACUCGCUGGGGACUUUGAUAUGAUCUGCCCGCCUGAUGCCGUUUAUGAAACAGUCAAAAUAAUUCCUCAACAUUUGGCAACAUAUAAAGUCUUUGGAGAAGAUGGGGGGCCGCAUUAUGCUCAUUAUGACUUGAUUGGAGGACGUUUGGCAGUGGAUCAAGUAUAUCCAUGUAUAGUUGAGUUCCUAAGUGUCCAUGAUGCUGUGCAACAAUAAACCUCGAUAGAGAUUUCAGUUUGUAUGUGGACAAGCUCCUAGAUUGGUACAUACACACUCGGAGAGAGACAGAUCCAUGCAUGUUUGGAAGAGGUUGUUUGUUGGUGUACAUAAACGGCAGUGUCGAAUCUAAUUUUCCUUUUCAUUACAUUACACAUUUUGAUCAAGUGCACAGGUGUUAUUUGUUACUGGGUUUGCGCUUGUGCUAAUUUGCCUGGAUUUGUCUAUGAACUAUUGGAGGCCAUGUCAACAAAUAUAUUUCAUAAAAAAGUAUCCGUAAAAGUAAGAAUGAC